AUGAGUUCGCCAAAAGCACUGUCACCAAAAGCUAAGACGCCAAGAGAACUGAGCCCUUUGGCUGAAGAUCGAAUGAAGAAAACCAGUUCAUCCAAUAAACCGAAUAUGGAGACAUCGGCGGCCAGGUCAGCAUCCCCAGAAACCGCCCCAAAAGAUGCUAUGGACAUUGAUAGCGAGGAGAAUAACAAUGAAGACCACAGAGAUCCGUUGCAAAAAUUACAAACGACAGAAUUAUUACCCGAUUUAUACAACCUAUUAAAUGAUUUACAGAAUGGACAUAUACUGGCCAAAGAUUUUGACAAUAAUGCCGGAAGUAUACGGUUGAAACUAUCGAAAAUGAAACAAAACUUGCAAGAUAUUCCAGGGAUUAGUGAAUCCGUGAAGUUUAGAGAGACGAGGAUUCAGAACUUGAAGCUCAGCAACGAGAAAAAAGCCCAUUUUUUAAAUAAGUUCAAGCAAAGAGUAGAAUCCGAAUUAGGAGAAAGUUGA